AUGUUUUCGACAAGUAAAUCACACGAAACUACUUCUGCAGGUUUUUCUACAUUCAAAUCACCAUUUACAUAUCCUCCUGUUACUACAUCACAAGUAUGGAAUCCCUUUGGCACUUCUUCUGCAUCAACUAUUCAGCCAGUUGUUAAUCAAUCAACAUCGACUGGUGCUAAUUUCACACCUACAGGUCAUGCUGGUUGGACUCCAUUUGGUACAAAUCAACCGACAUCAGUUACACAACCAGCAAAUAUAUUUGCUUCGAAUCCAACAGGGCCAAUAUUUAAUUUUGGUGCGGGAUCUACACAAGGAACAGUUCCUACUACUUCGACAACAUCAAAUAUCUUCGGUAUUAAUAAAACUGUUACAACAACAGCAAGUCCAUUUGGCAUGUUUCCGCCAACAAUAUCUACUACAACGAGUAAUUUGUUCAAUCAACCAUCAUCAUCUGCAUCAACAAUAAUAGCACCGUGGGCUAUAACACCAACACCGAAUAUAUCUACAGUAUCUACUUUACCACAAACGCAUCCAUUUAAUAUUACACCAACAACAACAUCAGGAACAACAUCAGUUUUUAAUACAGCAACAAUAAUAAAUCCAUUUAAUAUUAAAACAACUACAGCAUCAGGAAUAACACCAGUUUUUAAUGCACCAACAGUAACGAAUCCAUUCAAUACUCAACCGGUUACAAGUGGAAAUAUAUUUUCACAAACAAUGAUAACAACAACAUCUGCUAAUAGUACUAAUCCAACUACAACAGGAAACUACUUUCAUAUGGCACCUACAACUACUAUAUCAGUAUUUCCUUCUCUUCAUCCACCAGUAUCAACAGCAAAUACAACUCCAAAUAGUAAUAUGUUUGCAAUACCAUCAUCUCUUGCAUCAAUUUCAAAUCCUCAGCCAUUUCAAAUUUUACCUGUAACACAAACUCAACCAGUUACAACAUCAUCAUCAUCAUCUACAAUAUCGCAAGAAGAACAAAAUCCUCAACAAUCAGUUUCAAAUAUUCAUCAACAAUUUCUUGCAGCAUCACUUCUUGAUCCAUAUGCUAAUCGAGGAAAGAAAGAUUUUACUAAAACUGAUCAAAUUCAAAUGCUUACAGAACCCGCUGUUGUUUCAGCUUCAUCAACAACAUUAAUGGCAACAUCAGCACCGAUAUUCACAACACCAUUAAUAACAUCAACACCAAUAUCAGCUGUACUUCCUAUACAAUCGAAUUUUCAAAAAAUACCAUCAUCACGUUCAUUAAUUGAUGUUAAUUUUAAAUUAAAACCAGCUUCAUCAUCAUCAUCACUACACGAUGAUAUAAAAUCAUCUCAACAGCAAUCUACAGCAUCAAUUGAACAAAUAAAAGGUCCAUUAUCAGGAAGUUUUACUGAUGAAGAAGAAAAUAUUUUACUUAGUCGAACUAAAAUGUCAAAAUUACGUAUAUCAAAUGAUAUUAUUGAUUCACCAUAUCAAUCAAAUACUAUUCGUUCACUUUAUCCUUUACGAAAUUUAAAUGAACUUGAAAAAUUAACUAAUAUACCACCACUAUCAUCAUCAGUGCCAGUAACAACAUCAAUUAAUAAUAAACGUACACCAUCGCCAAUUCCAUCUAUUACUUCUGAACAACGAUCAUCUUCAGUAAUACAACAGAAAUCUAAUACUAAUUCUUCAACUUGUCGUUUACCAAUUUUAACUCGUGAAGAUUAUUAUAUGAAACCAAAUCUAACUGAAUUAAAAUCUCUAUUUAAUGAUAAAAAUCAAUGUAUUGUUAAGCAAUUUACUGUUGGACAUGAGAAAUAUGGUUCAGUAACAUUUUAUGGUCAAAUAAAUCUUGCUGGACUUAAUCUUGAUGAAAUUAUUGAAAUCAAUCAUCAUGAAGUAAUUGUUUAUCCUGAUGAUAAUAAUAAACCAUCAGUUGGUGAAGAAUUAAAUCGUUCAGCUCGUAUAACAUUACUUGGAGUAUAUCCAACUGAUCGAACAACACAUGAACAAAUAACUGAUAUAGAACGUAUAAAAGCAAUGAAUUAUGAUAAUUAUUUACGUGAAAUAACUAAAAAAUUCGAUGGAGAAUUUAUUAAAUAUGGUGUUGAUGAUGGUUCAUGGACAUUUAUGGUUAAACAUUUUACACGUUAUGGUCUUGAUAAUGAUAAUCAAGAUGAUGUUAUUAUUAAAACAAUCAGCCAACAACAACCUUAA